UUGUGGGGAAACUGCAGCUUCCCGUUGGCGGUUUAAUUGAGGGGCACGUCCUAGUGGUGGUGGCCGCCACAGCCCCAUCCGGUCUCUGUGUUGGAGGACCCGCCUCGGCAUAGCCGGGCUCGGUCCGGCCUUGCGCUGAGAAAAGAUGACAGCAAUCAAACACGCAUUACAAAGAGAUAUUUUUACACCAAAUGAUGAACGCCUGCUGAGUAUUGUGAAUGUCUGCAAAGCAGGAAAAAAGAAAAAGAACUGUUUUCUGUGUGCCACAGUGACAACUGAACGCCCUGUGCAGGUAAAAGUGGUCAAAGUCAAGAAAUCUGAUAAGGGAGAUUUCUACAAAAGGCAGAUUGCUUGGGCUCUUCGAGACCUUGCUGUCGUAGAUGCCAAAGAUGCUAUCAAAGAAAAUCCUGAAUUUGAUUUACAUUUUGAAAAAGUAUAUAAAUGGGUUGCCAGCAGCACUGCUGAAAAGAAUGCAUUUAUCUCAUGCAUUUGGAAAUUGAAUCAGCGAUAUCUCCGGAAGAAAAUCGAUUUUGUCAAUGUUAGCUCACAGCUUUUGGAAGAACUGCCUAAAGUUACAGAAGAAUCUGUUCCAAGUGGAGAAAAUCAGAGUGUGACAGGAGGAGAUGAAGAAGCAGUAGAUGAAUACCAAGAAUUAAAUGCAAGAGAAGAGCAAGAUAUUGAAAUAAUGAUGGAAGGCUGUGAGUAUGCAAUCUCUAAUGCUGAGGCCUUUGCAGAAAAGUUGUCUCGAGAGCUACAGGUGCUAGAUGGGGCCAACAUCCAGUCCAUCAUGGCCUCUGAGAAACAAGUGAACAUCCUAAUGAAGUUGCUAGAUGAAGCUCUAAAGGAAGUGGAUCAGAUUGAAUUGAAACUGAGCAGUUACGAGGAAAUGCUCCAAAGUGUAAAAGAACAAAUGGAUCAGAUCUCUGAAAGCAAUCACCUAAUUCAUCUUAGUAACACUAAUAAUGUGAAACUCCUAUUAGAGAUAGAGUUCCUUGUGAACCAUAUGGACUUGGCCAAAGGUCAUAUAAAGGCUCUUCAGGAAGGGGAUCUUGCUUCUUCCAGAGGCAUUGAGGCCUGCACCAAUGCUGCUGAUGCCCUUCUGCAAUGUAUGAAUGUAGCUCUUCGACCAGGCCAUGACAUGCUUCUGGCAGUCAAACAGCAGCAGCAGCAUUUCAGUGAUUUGCGAGAGUAUUUUGCCCGGAGACUGGCCAGUCACCUCAACAAUGUUUUUGUUCAACAGUUUACUCAGGCCCUCCUUCAACUCUAUAACAGGUCCUACUUUCUUUCGGUUCCUGGUCAUGAUCAGAGUUCAACUCUUGCUCAGCACUCUAUUGAACUGACUUUACCCAAUCAUCAUCCAUUUCAUAGAGACUUGCUUCGAUAUGCCAAGCUGAUGGAGUGGCUAAAGAGUACAGAUUAUGGAAAAUAUGAGGGACUAACAAAGAAUUACAUGGAUUAUUUAUCCCGACUGUAUGAAAGAGAAAUCAAAGAUUUCUUUGAAGUUGCAAAGAUCAAGAUGACUGGCACAACUAAAGAAAGCAAGAAGUUUGGUCUUCACGGAAGUUCUGGGAAAUUAACUGGAUCUACUUCUAGUCUAAAUAAACUCAGUGUUCAGAGUUCAGGGAAUCGCAGAUCCCAGUCAUCUUCCCUGUUGGAUAUGGGAAAUAUGUCUGCAUCUGAUCUUGAUGUUGCUGACAGAACCAAAUUUGAUAAGAUCUUUGAACAGGUACUAAGUGAACUAGAACCCCUGUGUCUGGCAGAACAGGACUUCAUAAGUAAAUUUUUCAAACUGCAGCAACAUCCAAGUAUGCCUGGAACUAUGACUGAAGCAGAGGAUCUGGAUGGAGGAAUGUUAUCACGACAACAUAAUUCUAGCACACAAUUGGCUGUGUCAUCUGAGAAAGAUAUGAUUCGACAAAUGAUGAUUAAAAUAUUUCGCUGCAUUGAGCCAGAACUAAACAACCUAAUUGCAUUAGGAGACAAAAUUGAUAGUUUUAACUCCCUUUACAUGCUAGUCAAAAUGAGUCACCAUGUAUGGACUGCACAAAAUGUGGAUCCUGCUUCUUUUCUAAGUACUACAUUGGGAAAUGUUUUAGUGACUGUCAAAAGAAACUUUGACAAAUGCAUUAGUAAUCAAAUAAGGCAAAUGGAAGAAGUAAAGAUCUCAAAGAAGAGUAAGGUAGGAAUUCUUCCAUUUGUUGCUGAAUUUGAAGAAUUUGCUGGACUCGCAGAAUCAAUCUUUAAAAAUGCAGAGCGUCGUGGAGAUCUGGAUAAAGCUUAUACCAAACUCAUCAGAGGAGUGUUUGUUAAUGUGGAGAAAGUAGCAAAUGAAAGUCAGAAGACCCCCAGGGAUGUGGUUAUGAUGGAAAACUUUCACCAUAUUUUUGCAACUCUUUCUCGUUUGAAAAUCUCCUGUCUAGAAGCUGAAAAAAAAGAAGCCAAACAGAAAUACACAGAUCACCUUCAGUCUUACGUUAUCUACUCUUUAGGACAGCCUCUUGAAAAACUAAAUCAUUUCUUUGAAGGUGUUGAGGCUCGAGUAGCACAAGGUAUAAGAGAGGAGGAAGUGAGUUACCAACUUGCAUUUAACAAACAAGAACUUCGUAAAGUUAUUAAAGAAUAUCCUGGAAAGGAAGUGAAAAAAGGCCUAGAUAACCUCUAUAAGAAAGUUGAUAAACAUUUAUGUGAAGAGGAAAACUUACUUCAGGUGGUGUGGCACUCCAUGCAAGAUGAAUUUAUACGCCAGUACAAGCACUUUGAAGGUUUGAUAGCUCGAUGUUAUCCUGGAUCUGGUGUUACAAUGGAAUUCACUAUUCAGGACAUUCUGGAUUAUUGCUCCAGCAUUGCACAGUCCCACUAAACCUUUUGAAAGAAGAAAAGAUAAAUGAAUAAAGCACUUGUGGUAUAUCAGAAACUAUUUAAAAAAUCAAGCCACUGAUUUGAGAACCCAGACUUAAAAAAUUGGUGUAAAAUUAAAUGUCAAAGAAAUGGAUAGUACUAUACUACAAAAAUUUAAAUGCAAAAGUAUAAAUAAUAUGGCAAUUUUAUCUGCCCAGUAAGUUGUAUACUAACUUAAAGCCUUUAUCUCAUCAUAAAAUGCCAUUAGCAUUUUAUAACAUCUGAGCAGGAAAUUUUCCUUUAUUGCCUAGUUUCUUGUGUUUCAGAGUGGUUAUCCUACAUGUCAUACAUUGGGAGUUCUUUGGCACUUGCUACUGUUUCUUUUGGUUACAAAUCAUGUAAUUAUUAAAAUAUUGAACAGACUUUUUUCCCACUAACUAAUGUGUAAAUGAACAUAAUGGAGUAAAUAACAGAGCUUAUAUGAUGGUCUGUUGCACACUGAAGUUUUAAGGAUUAUGUAACUCUUCGGUAGUAAUAAAUCUGAAAUAAAGAGAUUUUCAACAGA